AUGAGCCAGCCGGGAGUCCAGGACUCGAAUGCUCAGGCUGAUAACUACUUUGAUUUCAACCCACCGGACAGUCCUUCGGGUGACCAUGAAGUCGUGACUUGUCUCUGGAAUAACUGUGGCAGGCAGUUUAACAAAUUAAAUCCUCUGAUUACUCAUGUACAUGAAGAUCACGUCGGCGUUCACAAGUCAACGUACGCCUGCGACUGGGCAACUUGUUCACGCAGGGGGAUGGCUCAAACGUCACGCUUUGCCCUCGUGUCGCAUCUUCGAUCUCACACCGGCGAGAAGCCUUUCACUUGUUCACUCCCAGAGUGCGAUAAGUCUUUCACCCGCUCAGACGCAUUAGCAAAACACAUGCGUCUUCAGCACAACAUCUCACCCCCACUACCAGGGCGCGGCAAUCGCAAACGAAAGCGUCCCGAUCCUGAAGAACUUCCCUCUCCAUCUUCUACACCGGCACCAGGUGCGCGAGGUUCACAUGUCAGUCAACCCGGGAUCCCCAAUGAAAAGCCUUUGGAAAAUGAUGAGGACGACCUUGGAGACUUCGUCGAUUUUGAGGGAAAUGGCACACACACCUCUCCACAUGCUGGAACCGUCCCACCUCACGAAAUGGACGGCGAAGAGGAUCUUUCGGAUAUCCCUGCUUCACUUGCCCAGCACUAUGACUCUUCACGACGGACAAUCUUUGAACGACGCAUUCCUCAAGUGCGGUAUUUGAUCACCAAGGCGAAAUUCCGAUGGUUACUUGCAGAGCAUCAAUUAUUGCUGGACGAACUAGACACCGUGAGAAAGGAGGAGGAGAGAAUGCGAGCGUCCGUGGAUGCAGUAAUGGACCGUGUACUCGUCAAGGAGCUUGGGUAA